AUGGAAUUAAAAAAAUAUAUAGGAUUUUUUCUAUUUAUAUUUUUAAUAUGUCCUAUUAAAACUUUCAUUUUGAAAAACAACAAUAACCUUUCUCCUUAUAUCAUAUACUUGAGGCAUAAAAAUAAAAAUCGCUUAAAUGUUAAAAUAAAUGAUAUAAUAAACUUUAAAGAUAAAAAUGAAUUGAGGAAAGAAAUUAUAACUCAUUCAAAAAAAUUAUGUUUACACCUAAAUGAAGAACAGCUACGAAAUAUAGAAAACAAUUUAUAUGAAUUUUUCAAUAAUUUAAAAUUAAGAAAUAUCAAUAUAGAUUUAGAUGAAAAAAAAAUAAAGGAAAAUAAAGAAAAUAUAAAAUCAUUGCCACUAGUGGAGCAUGAAAAAAUACAAGAAAAAUUCCAAACAAAAAAUUUGAAAAAAGAAGGGGAUUAUUUUGUUAUAGACUCUAACAGUCUUUCUGAUUAA